CGGCGCCAACGAGAUUCCCCCGGGGAGGAAGGCGGAAAAUUCAUCACGCUCUCCUCCGCACGCCAAGCUCGCAGCCUUUGGCUCGCAGAGCGACCCCGCUCGUUAAGCGACCCCGGAGCGGGGGCCAUGAGGGCGUGUCUGAUCACUGCAUCGGCCACUGCUCGUUCUUGGAAAGAAAAGCAAGACACAGGGUGAAAGUGCGUGAGAGAGGCACAAGAAACGUAGAUCUGCUUCACAACUCUGUUUUUUCUGCUUGCAGAUCUCUCACAUCACGCCAGCCAUGCAGACGACGCCAUCGCCUCAUUCAGCUGCUGCCGGGCAUCAUCGCUGUCACGUGCCGACUGAGGCGUGGUGAUUGAUUGAUGGCAUCUUCGUUGCCCGACGACCUGUGGCUCGGGCGCAUUCUGCCGUCCCUUCUCGUCCAUGAGGCGGUCUGUGUCCGAGCGACCUGCCGGGCGAAGGCGGCUCUGGUGACGGCCGCUCUGCUGGUGGAGCGCAUCGACGGCUCCCUGGCCCGCCACUCACUCACCGGCCUCAUCGACAUCGACCGCACCGCCCCUCUCCCAUUCAGCUACUCGCUGCGGGCGGCCUAUGUGCUGGAGCAGGGCAGCAACGAGUGGCCUGGGAUGGGGCGGUUCAUCCGGCUGGCCGCCAUCUAUCGGCUGACGCCUGCCAAUGGGCUGCCCCUGGUGCUGUCCGGCUCAGUGGCUGACAGCCCACCUUCCCAGCAGGACGGCAUUCCACCAGCUGCCAUUGGCGAUGGCCAUCUAUCGGCUGUUCGGCCGCCUGCUCACAUACAAUGCACACAGCCUGGCGCUGCAGCCAGCCAACGACAACGGGAGCUAUCGGAUCGGCAACGUGACGUUUUGUGUGGUUCCGUUGGGUGAGCUGCCUGCCGGCCAUCGCUAGGCCGAGGGCUACCAGAGGACCGAUCCAGUCAUCCGCUGGAUCUGGCUCUUCCGCUCAUUCUCGGCAUUCCUGCUGGCCACGCUGCUCUCCCAAUGGCGGGAUGGAGAGGGGGUGGGCUACAGGCUGGUGCUGUCUGCACACAUCGGCAGUGACGACCCUCGCUGUGACCGUCUGCUGACAGAUGACAUCACAGAGGACCGGGGCAUCGCUGUCGACUAUCGCUACGACCGGGGCAAUCUGAAUGAUGCGAAUGCGAUUGACUAUCGUCAUGUGAUUGUGAGCGGCUUCCGACGCAUCGAGACCGUCGCUGUCUCCCUGUGUGUAUGGUCGGGCGGCAUCAAGCUGUUCACCACUGAGCGGCCUGCCGCCAAUACGCCUGCAUCCGUCGCUGUCCGCUUCCCCACUUCGGAGCCUUUGUGGCGCCGUCUGCUGCGGCCAUUCAAUCUGGAGACCGACGUCAUCGACAGGGGGGCGGUGGUGGGGUGAGAGGUACUGGUUGGCUGGCGAUUGGUGUUGCGUGUGUCGCAUGUUGGCGGGGCAGUGUGUGAGUAGUGGAGGGGGACUGAUUGACUUCAAAGUGGCUGACUUCAACUUGGAUGGCGGUCACUCUCGCUUUUUUUGUCAGACUCAGUGACUGCAUGGCAUCACUCUUGUGAAUGAAGGAACAGGUGUG